GUAGCCUAAACGUAAAGGGGCAGGUUGUCUGGCAACCUUUGAUAAACUAAAUGAUCUACUUUCGUUUUAAACCAAGCGAAAUAUCAGAUUAUGGCAAACGUGGACGACUGGGAAGAUUCUAUUCACAGGAACUAUUCCUACUUCAUAAAAAACAUCGCCGACCCUCAUGAUGUUGCGCAAUAUCUGUUUGGGGAAACAAACCCUCCGAUCAUAACCCACCAAUAUUUGCAGGAGAUAAAGGCAGAGCGCACCCCAUCCAAGCAAGUAGAAAAGAUGUUGCAUAUACUAAUGAUACGAGGCCCUAGGGUGCCCCAGUGUUUGUUUGAUGCCUUCAUGGGGACACAUAACGAAGAGUGUGCCAAGAAGUUGGCUCCUUAUCUGUUAGCCCAGGAACAGCAUGCUCUGAAGAAGACAACAUCAGAGUGGCCUCCCCUUCUCAAGGAACAUUUCGACAUGAAGAAAGUACCUGUGACCUAUCUAAAACCUAACGACCCCUGCUGCUUUCUCCAGUAUAACAACACAGAGGAGGUUUACAGUAUGCGACGAAAAAGUCGAGGAUUGGUUUACCUCAUCAACAACGAAGAAUUUGACGACCUUCCUCGGAGAUAUGGAACAGAGUUUGAUAGAGACGAUCUAGCGAAGUUAUUCACAGACCUUCACUUUGACGUAAUUGUAAAAGAUAAUUUUACUGCUGAGGAGAUAAGGAAGAACACUGAAUCUAUCAGCAAGUGUGACAAGAUAAAGGACUGUGACUGUUUCAUUUUUAUCAUUUUAACUCAUGGUGACGAAAAAGGAGUGUGUGGAAUUGAUGGAGAAUCUGUUCCUGUGUCAACACUCACCGAGAUGUUUGAGCCAAACAACUGUCCAGAAUUGAACGAAAAGCCCAAAGUUUUCCUUAUCCAGGCCUGUCGUGGUGACAAGAAACAAAAGGUUUGUCCAUCGGGAGGUCCCGGCGAGAACGGAUCACAGGGUGACGGGAGCGGUGAUCAUGUUGAUGGAAUGAAUGCCUCUGAUGGUGGUCGGGAGCUCAGUAUAUCCGCCACACAAACUGUCCAUUCCAAAUCAGACUUCCUUGUGGCUUACUCCACUCCGGAAGGUUCACUGUCGUGGAGGAAGAUGGAUGCUGGAUCCUGGUUUAUGCAGGCCAUUGUUUGGGUCUUCAAAUCCGAAUCCCACGUCAAGCAUCUUGUUGAAAUGCUUGGGAAGGUGAAUAAUAUUGUUAGUAAAGGCAAGGCAAAAAGUGGUGGGGGCCAUUAUGUGACUGUAUCCAAGAACUAUUCGUACUUCAAAAACAACAUCGCUGACCCUCUUGAUGUUGCAGAAUAUUUGUUUGGAGCAACCAACCCUCCGAUCAUAACCGACAAUCAAAAGGAGCAGAUAAAGGCAGAGAACACCACAUCCAAGAAAGUAGGAAAGAUGUUGGAUAUACUGAUGAAACGAGGCCCUAGGGUACCCCAGUGUUUGUUUGAUGCCUUCAUGGAGACACACAAUGAAGAGUGUGCCAAGAAGUUGGCUCCUUAUCUGUUAGCCCAAGAAAAGCAUGCUCUGAAGAGGGAGCCAUCAGAGUGGCCUCCCCUUCACGAGGAACAUUUCGACAUGAUGAAAGAACCUGUGACCUAUCUAAGGCCUAAUGACCCCUGCUGCUUUCUCCAGUAUAACAACACGGAUGAGGUAUACAGUAUGCGACGAGAAUGUCGAGGAUUGGUUUACCUCAUCAACAACGAACAAUUUCACACCCUUUCUCAAAGAGAUGGAACAAAGUUUGACAGAGACAAUCUAAAGAAGUUAUUCACAGACCUUCACUUUGAAGUUAUUGUAGAAAAUAAUUUAACAGCUGAGGAGAUAAGAAAGAAGACUGAAUCUAUCAGCAAGUGUGACAAGAUAAAGGACAGUGACUGUUUCAUUUUUAUCAUUUUAACUCAUGGUGACGAAAAAGGAGUGUGUGGAAUUGAUGGAAUUUCUGUUCCUGUCACAACACUUACCGAGAUGUUUGAGCCAAACAACUGUCCGGAAAUGAACGAAAAACCCAAAAUUUUCCUUAUCCAGGCCUGUCGUGGUGGUGAGUCUGAUUAA